AUGAAGAUAGCAAGCAUCUUUCUUCUCAGUGCUUUGGUCCUGUUGAGUUUAUCUGGUAACACUGGCGCUGACUCCCUGGGAAAAAAGGCUAAUUGUAACAACGAAUUUAAUAAAUGUACCAAGAUAUAUAGCCCUGUCUGUGGGACUGAUGGAAAUACUUAUUCCAAUGAAUGCAUGCUAUGUCUUGAAAAUAAGAAGCGCCAGAUUCCUGUCCUCAUUCAAAAAUCUGGGCCUUGCUGA